UGAAUACGUUGAACAUCUGUCUUAACUUGUCUGUCUAAAGCUGAUUUAUUGUUUAGACCUUAUAUUGUAGUGGAUAUUGAUUCUGUCGCGGAGUUUCGCUUACCUAAAAAGAAGUAAAACCGUAUUAAUUUUAUUUUGUAAAAAAUUACAUCUAAAUUAUUUAAGUUAUAGUUUUAAAAUUAACUAUUGUGGUUAUUCUACAGACAAAAUAGUUUCAUCAAAAUGUAGAGCAUGGAUGAAUUUAGUUAGAACCAUAUCGAUGUAACUGCAAUUUAAAUGCAACUUUUAGGAGCUGCCGUUUACGUGCCAGAACUCCAAAUGAGCGUGUAAUUCUAAAAAAAAUAAUAGUUGAGGCUUUAGUUAGAGCCUAAACUAUUGGCAAAGACAACAACUACUGUAGGUAGGUUAGUAUUUUAAAACCUUGACCUAAAACUUUUUUUAGUAUCAAUACUUAAGUGUUUCCGAGAACUUUGCAAAAUUUUAUCAAGAAUUGCGAAGGAAGGGUGUCGUAGCAUGGAGCAGCGAUCGAAGCAUAUCUUUUAUUCACAAUGCACAUUUGUAUUAUAUACUGCUUGUAUUUGCAACUUGCAAAUAUUCACAUAUGAACGAUUUAUUGAAUUUUGCGAGGAAACUAACAUGGUUACACAUUACAAUACAAUACUACCGUGAUUACAAGUAUUUUAUUAAUUUAUGGUUAUUGGAUUUUAUCCGACAUUCAUGUUUACAGAUUGAUGAACUGCGAUGAGGUGAAGUUGUAACAUUUUGUGGUGAUUUUAUACCAUUGAGAUACUAUUAUUUAAUUUCUUGAUUAUGUGUUAUUAAUACAAGUAUAUUAUUUUAACAAACUCGAUAAAGAUUAUGAUAUUAUCAAGUUUAUAAGAUAUCUCAGCAAAGUAAUUCGCGAAUCGUGUAAUCGCCGACCAAACCAGCCACCGUUAUAUUCGGGACGCCCACGCGGGAUAAGCGCGGGAACGAACCCGCGGCCCGUGUUAAUAUGCUCAGUAGAGUGUGCGGGCCAACUAGCAAACAUUAUCAUUGUAAUUGGAGCCAGUAAAUUGAUAUUGUUACCAUUUCAAAUCGCCAGUUGCAGGAAGUUAAACAGUACACUUACUUCAAUUAAACAGAUUUAAGUAUGUUUUUCGUCAUAUUGUUAAUUUUAUAUGGAAUAUUCUAUGUAUAUUGGAAGCUAUUGAUGCAUAUUGUCAUGACGUCAAAUUUUAACAGUUGGUUUUGAAGUUAAUUAUUUCGUCGUAAAAUAAUUGCUAUAUUGUGUAAUGCCUAUGUGCCAGCCUUUGUCCCAUUGCCAUUGCCGUGUUUUUGUUUUGUCCCUUGGAUGUCUUUGCGGGGUAAAUAACGAAUUCUAUUGUAUUUCUAGUGGCCUCAAGUCAGGGCUGAGUUUAAUUGUAUUUUCGAGACUAAUUAUGUUAGGUUAAUUAGUUUCAAACCGAUACUUAUGUAUUUAGGUUGUCGUGGCAUCUGUGCAAACUGUGUUGUAAGUUGAAACAUACGAGACAGUGACAACAUAUAAAUAGUAUAUUGUCGUCCUUGAUAUAGUGUGAACGUUUGUGAGUUAAAAAAAUAAGAUAAAAUACGAAUUCAGGAAUUGUGAAUAAACAAUUUUAUACCGUGAAACCAAACGUGAAAGAUUUGUUUAGGACGUGGAUAGUAAGUAGUGCACAUUAAUACGAAACGACACGGAACUAUAAAUAUUUUUUGAUUGUGAAUAAAGUUCAUACAUAAAUAAAUAAAGUGAUAAAAAUAAGUAACCAAUCACAAGUUGAAAAAAAUACGAAUCGUGAAACUGUGUAAAAGAAAUGUUGGCAAAAUAUUGCUUAUUUCUUCUCAUCGCUAUAAAUAAAGGCAAUGCAGACCUGUUCGGCGAGUGGGCGGAAGGCUGCGGGUACUUGCUGAACACGGCGCUGCACCCGGUCGCGUUCGCCGGCAAGGUCAUCAGGGACGUCACCGACUUUGCCACCCUGCCCGACAAGUCCUUGGGGCCUCAGAAGGUGUUCACGCUGGAAGAGGUGGCCGCUCUGGACGGGCAGGACGGCCGCCAUCUUUGCCUCAUCAUCUGCGGCAGCGUCUAUGACGUCACGGACUUCGCCGACUUUCACCCGGGCGGGCCGGCGCCGCUGAAGCGGUACGCGGGGCGGGACGCCACGGCCGCGUUCCGCGCCGCCGGCAUGCCGCGCCAGGUCUUCGACGUCUUCCUCAACAGGUUCCGAGUGGGGACCGUUGUUGGCGCUGAAUUUUCCGCUUCAGGAUGUAUUUAAGUACCAACUCCUUAAAUAAUAUUAUAAACUAUAUUUUAUAUGGAUUACCUAAGUACUUUUUAUAAUAAAAAUAAUAAUGUAUAACUAAUACUUAAUUUCUCUAAUUUAUAUAAACUCUACCUCUCUUCUAAGUAACUUCCCUAUUGUACACGAAUUUAUUUGAAAACUUUCAUUUAAGUGAAAAAUAUUUACUUUUUUUUAUUUCACUACUAGCUGACCC